UAUCCAGGAACUGUCGCCUGGAUCGCCCCGCUGUAGGCUGGUUUGCAAUCCGUCCUAAAGAUCGACGCUGAAUGUACCGUAAUGGCACUGCUCGCUCUCCUUUUUAGCGUGGGCGCUAACGUUCUUACAUGGGCGUGCUUUUUUCUUGUUUUUGCAUUUCUCGGGUACUGUUGUUAUAUCAAGUACAUCCAUAUGAAAUAUGACCACAUACCAGGGCCGCCGAGAGACAGUUUCUUCUUGGGACACUCACCAACCUUUGUGAGGAUCAUGAAAAAUGACGGGAUUGUGCACAACAAAUUUCUGGAGUGGGCCGAGACUUAUGGGCCUGUUUACAGAAUAAACAUCCUGCAUUACAUUAUCCUGGGGGUGACCUGUCCAGAGGCAACUAAGGAAAUCUUGAUGUCCCCUAAAUACCCCAAGGAUAAAUUCCUCUACAAGGGACUGUUUAACCUGUUCGGUCAAAGGUUUUUAGGCACGGGCCUGGUCACUGCAAGAGAUCAUGAGCUGUGGUACAAACAGCGGCGGAUCAUGGACCCCGCUUUCAGCAGCUUAUAUUUGAGGGGCCUGAUGGGGACCUUCAACGAGAGAGCAGAGAAACUGAUGGAUAAGCUUUCAGAGUUAGCUGACGAUAACACAGAGGCCAACAUGCUUCAACUCGUCAACUGUGUCACGCUCGACAUCAUCGCUAAGGUUGCGUUUGGAGUGGAUUUAGAUCUCCUCUCCAACAACUCGCCUUUCCCCAAAGCCAUCGAGGCCUGCCUAAAAGGGAUGGUGCAUCAAAUCAGAGACUCUUUGUUUCGGUUCAAUCCGAAGAACUGGGCGUUCAUCGGCGAGGUGCGGGAAGCCUGUCGCCUGCUGCGCACGACUGGAGCUAAGUGGAUCCAUGAGAGACGGCGCGCCAUGCAGGACGGAGAAGACGUGCCAAAGGACAUCCUCACGCAGAUCAUUAGAACUGCUGCCACAGAGGAAAACAUGGCUGAAGAGGAGGAAGAGUUUAUGUUGGACAACUUUGUAACAUUCUUCAUCGCAGGUCAGGAAACAACAGCCAAUCAGCUGGCGUUUUGCAUCAUGGAACUUGCGAGGCACCCCGAAAUUCUGGCUAAAGUGACAAAAGAGGUGGAUGAUGUCAUUGGGAUGAAACAGGAAAUAAGCUUUGAUGACCUCGGGAAGCUAAUUUACCUCUCCCAGGUGCUGAAAGAGACGCUGAGAAUCUACCCGACUGCUCCAGGCACCUCUCGGGACAUAGAGGAGGACAUGACGAUCGACGGCAUCCACCUGCCUGGAGGAUUUACCUGUCUGUUUAGCUCCUUCGCGACCGGGAGAAUGGAAAAGUUCUUCGAGGAGCCUCUGAAGUUUGAUCCAGACAGAUUUCACCCGGAUGCUCCCAAGCCCUACUACUGCUACUAUCCCUUUGCCCUCGGUCCACGGUCAUGCCUGGGGCAAAACUUUGCUCAGAUGGAGGCUAAAGUGGUGAUGGCGAAGCUGCUCCAGAGGUUCGAUUUCCGCCUCGUCCCGGGCCAGAGCUUCGACAUCCAGGACACCGGCACGCUGAGACCGAAGGGGGGAGUGAUCUGCACCGUCAGACACAGGAAGUACUAAAGCUAAGCAGUGCUAAAGCUUUCCGUCCGAAGACAAAACGCAAACGCUCCUGACCGUUGUUAGGUUUGAUUUCCUGCCCCAGUUGGUUGUGUUGUAAAACUGAUUUGCUAUGAUUGUUUUCAUCAAAUCCUAUAAUAAUUUUGCCUUUUUGAAUUAUUUCUCCAUAUCCCUGAACCUUUUGUGCCUCUAACAGUAGUAUGUAAAUACCAAAUGUCAUCAGUGUAUGUCAAUAAAACUGAGCUGUUAUAAGUCUGAACCUGA